AUGCUGAGACUACCCGACGACAUACUUGAGAUCAUUCUCACCCAGCUCCCGGCGUUAUACAUCAUACACGCAUCAACAACAUGCAAGAGGAUCAUUCGGAUCAUCACAGCUUCGAUGCCCAUUCAGCUCCGUUUGCAUCAGCACUUAUACCAAGACAGUGACCCCGAUCUUCAAGGACCCGACAAGUCCCACCCAUCCAGGACAGCCAAAGACCAGCUGGCGAAUCUAAUCAGAAGACAAAGUCCUUUCGACAACCUCAGAUGCACACGCUUCAAGUGGCCAGAUGAUAUCGCUGGGCAGAUCAUUUCUGCCUACGACGGGUAUAUAGCUAUUGAAAUCUGGCAUGAGGACGGUAGACUGGAGGUAGAUGAGGGCGGAACCACUACCUUGUUUAUUCUGAUGAAAGUUCCAUGUAGUGGCAACGAUAUAAACGAAGCAAGCCAAAAGAAAAUCACCUUUUCGAGAACUUCGGACACUUUGAUAGAUACGAUAGUGGACCUUGCCAAAAAUCUUGUGAUGGUCCGAGAACACUUGGCCAUUCGCGAACACGUCAAACUUCAUAUCCUCAAAGUAUCAGAUGAAGGGGACUCCCAUCAGCUUGAAUAUCAAGGAGCAGGUGUAUUGGAUCUUGGUAUAUGCUUCGAAGAAGAUGAGGAUCACAACCUCUCUGGACGUGGGCCCGAUGUAUACUGUCUGAUUGAUGAAGUAUUCAUAGUUAGUCGAGGCUAUGUGGUGAAGUUCUAUAACUGGAUGAAUGGGAAUCAUUUACAUACCCUCCGAUUACCAUAUUCCAUUUCUAAGUCUCAUUCUGUCAGUUGGAUCGAACCAGGCCUGGUCGCGGUAGAAGCGAACGUGGAAGCACCCUUAUAUCCGGAGAGAGAAACCGCCAGACACUUGUACAAACUCAAAUAUCUCCUCAUCUACCAGACCAAAGAUCUUCUCACGACCACCAGAAACGUACCCACCGCUCCUAUACUGGUCCUAUCAUUUCCAACGGCAUUAUCCGAUCUCCCGGCUUGCAUAAGAGAUGAGAUUCCGCCGCCUCAAGAACAUCCUCAUCGUUUCAAAUACAUUGGUCCCAGGCAAAUUAAAUCAGCGAAGUUGGAAGUUUUGCGCUUUGAUCUAACGUUGAUAAGAUAUCUUAAUCUGGAUUCAUAUCCUUCGGUGAAACGAUACGAUAUCUCGAUGUAUAUUCCCCCUCACAUGUUGAUGCGGAUGGUCAACGACGCUAUCGGACGUCAAUCACCACGUUCUGAUGCGGAUCACGAAUCGACGAUCAAUUCGCUAGAAAUCCCAAUUGUUACACUCGUCCUCGAGCCUUGUCAUUGGUGGAAAUACUCAUUUUGGACUUUCGAUCAUACUCUCCCUUGUGACAUAGGCAAGAGAGACCGCCGAUCUCGAGCGCUGACAGACGAAGGUGAUAUACGCCAAUCGUGCUUUGCCAUAUUAGAUUUCAAUCCUCGAAUACUCAGAACUCAUCCACCUUCGGGGAAAGCUCUGCUUGGUCUUGGUGAGGCACUGCCUAUUCACGGCUUUGUACCGGAAAGUAAGGUGAGAUUGACGAUGUUCUUUGAGGCGAAGAAUCCAAUAAAGACUGAUCAGUGA